CUUAGAUCCACCCUACUCGCAGUCCACCCUACUCACCAGCCCUAUAGUCCACACGGUCUCAAUCUACACAGCCUGCGACUUGUAUGCAGACCACUCAGACGACAUCUGCUCCGGAUACGAACGAUGCACCAGUCGAGGGUAUCGACCUGGGGACGCCUGGCUCAUCUGAACCAACCGCAACCUGCGCCCCCAGCUACGACAACCUUUACAUCGCUACUGCGUCUGCUGACGAAUCUGAGCCUAAAGAAGACUGCCCAUCCGUACUUGCUGUCGAGGGCGCCACUGGCGACAACUUGAACCAAGAUCAAGACGAACAAGGCACGGACGCGCCAGCGGGCGAGUCUCCGGACGCGGAGGCAGAACAACCAGAGGAUCCCGAGAAGCCCAAGAGGCGCAGACAUCCACGCGCGCGCGGCGGCAAGAAGGUCCAAGCCGCGAAAGCACGCAAGAUCGCCCGCGAAGCCGCCGAAGCCGCUGCAGCUGCCGCCGUCGAAGGAGCUGGUGCGCGCGUCUCGGACUCUGUGGACUCAGCGAGGGACUCUGGGCAGGUUGAAGCUGAAGACGUCGUUGUCACGGCGACGACCUCUGUCGACGUACUUGGCAUAGUCUCUCAGCUGCAGUCGCCUGUGUCUGGGCGGGACCGAGCUUCGUCAUUGGAACAUGGUACGACCCUCCCGCCAUCGUCGUCUAUCUCCGGAGAGACCUCUCAUUCAUCAUCCCUGGACCGAGGACCACCGGAAGCUAAUGGCAACAUUUCGAUACCAGAAUGCGACGAGUUCCACGACGCGGAGCAAGCUGGUCAGCAAAUGCGGAUCUCUCCCCAGCGGAAACCUCGGCACCCUCUCAGGAUCUCUGUGAAGGCGGCUCUGGUCGCCGCGGUAAUCAAGCAGUCUCAGUCGCUCAGGGCAUCCCGCAUUCUGGAGUACAAGACCCGGCUGUCGGCCGACAAGCUCGAGCCUGGGCCUGAUGUCACUGGAUCGCUCGCCAAUGCAAGUUCUCCUCAGUCAUCCUUGCCGCCCUCUGGACUGGAUGCGCAUACUCGUGACGACGAUGCUCAAGCGACGCUCUCUGCUCCGACGCCUCAAGAAGAGCGCUGCUUGUCUAGCGGGCCUCAGCUAGGCUCGGAACACUAUGCUCUGCUGCGUACCCUCUUUCCCGGCCCUCAACCGGCGCCUUGCGAAGAUCAGGCUGCGAACCGCUCUCCUCUCCAGAGGGUCGAUUCUACUGCUUCGGACACCGCCGUCCCCGACGACACGCAAAGCGAUACUACGAAAGCGGACAGCGUCGUUUUCCAAGAGCUCGAUCACCCCGUCACGAAGCCCGAAGACGUCCUGCAAGGUGCCGAUAGAAACGUUGCGAAAGCGGCUACAUUCUUUCCGCACGACGUCGCCGGCGAUCUCGUUGAGCCCGACAGUCUCGCGCACGACCUACUGGCGACGCAGAACGAGCUCCGGAGCCUCAAAGAGACGAUGUCGACGCUACUGGCGCAUGUGGAUAUGACCCUCCGGCAGUACCGUGCCGGGGCUGCGCACUCCCCCGCGAGCCUAACGGGGACUUGGUCGGGCUCGCAGGGCGGGCGCGCAGGACGCUGGCAGCCCGGGUUCGGGUCGGUUGUGGGAGACCUGGAGCGAGUCACGAUGGCGACGGUGCGUGUAGCGGCUGCUGUGCAGUCUGAGAUGGUGUGUUGAGGGAUUGCGGCUGAUGGGCUGGUACAUAGCUAUACGAUUGACAACAUUCCCCACAUGGACUACUAGCGAUACACACGGACUAAGUACUAGGUACUGUCUUCUGGAUUUGUACAUCUGAUAUGGGUGCGUGACGAUUUGACAAUUGUUGAUGUGUAUGCCACUAUGGAACGUAGGCCCGCAGGACGCGGUUGUCACAUCCACGUGAUCGGACGCGCCGCGGCUGUCACGCCUUUGGAGCUCCGAGCCCAGAUUCUGAGUCAA